AUGGAUGACUUUGAACAUAUCCGUAUGACAUAUAAGUCUCUGAAACAAAUUACAGGCGACUUCAGCACUGUGAUCGGAAGAGGCCCGUUUGGAGUGGUUUACGAGGGACAAGGUAGUGGCACCCAGGAACUUGCCGUGAAGGUUCUUGACUCCUCUGCCGGAGUUGGUGGCCAGGAGGAUCUUGACAGAUUUGUAAGGGUCCUUGCUAAGGUUUUCAACAAAUGGAGGACAAGGCUGCAAGCAAUACCAGGGUACACAACACUCGAUACAGACUGCCAACAAGUGAAAACAUGCAUUGAGAUUGCAUUAGAAUGCAUAGCGGAAGAAAGAAAUAAAAGGCCUACUAUAGGGGACAUCGUGGAACAGCUAAAUCUGACAGAGAAAAUGGAAGCAGUGAGAAACUUGAGAACAUUUGCACCAUACAUAAUGCAGUCCAAAUUGCCGCAUUUGAAAUUUGCUUUUCUGGUGCAGUAUUGA